AUGGUGCAAGGUUAUACCCACUAUCACUGUAUCAAGUCCGUGUACGGCUCAGGAAACCCGGCCAGAAAACCCUCUUUCUCAGCAGGAUCAGGCUUUGAUCGAUCACUCUGGCUCAUCGAACAUCACGGGGUCGGUGGCACUCGAUCGGCAUACCUCAUCGAGCAGCUCAAGCUGUUGAUAAAAAAUCCGGAACUCCUGGGCCAUGGCGAGUCGCACCGUUCAGAGCUUCAACGCCUCACUCGUCUGGCAUCUGUGGCAUUGGAGACAAAACAAGAAUCCAUGCAACGCAUAAUGUUCACGCACCUUCUCCUCGUCACGGCGCGCCUCAGCAAUGAGUUCCGCCUUUUGGAUGCCCUAGCCAAAGGCAACAAUGCAAGCCCAGUGGCGCCUUCUGACCUGAUUAAAGCCAGCAGUCUGGCCAAGAGCCUUGUUAGCGCUACCAUGGACUACCACUGCUACCACGACCGUCAAUAUGCGUGA